AUGGCGCAGAAGUCCCCUGAGCUCUUGCGGAACAUGAUUGCUGACGCAAAAGUCGUCCUUCUUGGCGCGCAAGUAUGUCUUCCACCUCUCGCUGCUGUGCCGAGUUUCCGUUGUUGUGUUUACUUUGCCACAACCCCCUACCCCCUCAUUCGCGAUCGCGUACUGACUCGUCGUGCUCUAGCCCAACCCACCACGAUUGGCGCGUCUUUUCUCGCCAAAAAAAUAGUUGUCGACGGCGUCGUCGUCCGCCUGCAGAUCUGGGACACGGCAGGCCAGGAGCGAUUCCGCUCGAUGGCGCCGAUGUAUUACCGCUCUGCCGCUUGCGGCAUUCUCUGCUACGAUAUCACCUCUGCCUCGUCGUUUGACGCGAUGCAUUCGUGGCUGCAGGAGCUCAAGGCGAACUUGAGCUCGGAUAUUAUUAUUCAUUUCGUCGGAACUAAGCUCGAUCUUGUGCGGGAGGAUCCGUCGUGCAGGGCCGUGCCGUUUGAAAAAUGCGUGCAGUACGCGGAGAAGUGGCUUCGUGAUUCGGAGAUUGUCGAUAAUCCGAAUUGGACGGGUCGCGAUUCCUGCCAUGAAAUUUGUGCAAAGGACGACGAGGGUGUAAACGAAGUAUUCGAGAGCAUCACGCGAACUAUCAUCCGUCGUCGGCCUAUUCUCAAAAAAUCACGGCGCAACUCUGUGCAUUACGAAUCUGACUCGUUCUCGUCGGAUGAUGAGGAAGGCGAUGCAUUUGGAACCAUGCGUAGCAUUGGGUCUGUCAAUCUAGGCCAGCCUGCUGCGGUUCCUGAAAAGAGUCGCUGCUGUUGAUUUCCAGCGUUCUCAUCUGCUUUCUUAGUUCUGGGUCUGUAGUUUUUGUUUUUACGUGUAUUGCAUUCGUGAUUCUGCAUUUGUUUUGUCUUCUUGCUUUUGAUUUUGUAUGGUUUUGGUUAACAUCUGAAUGCUUUGUGUAUUUUUUACGUGUAUUUUCGUGUGUUUAGGAUGUUUU